AUGGAGCAAAAUCUACCAAUUAUAGCCAAGAAAGUAUGGAACAUAGUACGUGUGAUGUUUUUCAUGUUAAGAAAAGGCAUAUCAAAGGGAAAAUUAUUAGCUGAUCUUAACAUGAUGAUGAAACGUGGCAAAAUUGCCGGCAAGGCAUUCCAAAAUCUCAUGUUCCAUCCAUGGUCCGCCUCCGGCCGCCGCCCCCACCAACGCAAUAUGUCGUUCCCUAUCUCAGUCACCGAAUACGAGUUCAGUUGCAGUAACAGCCCGGCUUAUCCUAAUUUUCAUAUCCCCUUUAAUCUUAACAAGCUUAAACACGGCAGCCACCACCGCGCGCCACCCACGGCCAACGAACUUGCGACUGCAAAUGCCGUGUUGAAAGCCUUGGAGAUGCUGCAUAGUGAGGCGGCGUCACCGGCCUUGCCGGGGUUCGGGAAGAGCCCUAUGGUAAGGCAACUUAGGAUUACAGACUCUCCAUUUCCAUUAAGGGAUACUGAAGAGGAUAAUCAUGUAGAUGAAGCUGCUGAGAAGUUCAUUAUGAAAUGCAAUGGGCAUUGUCGUCUUCAUUCAGAACUUUCCAAGCUAUUGCACGUUCAUAAGAGACGGGCCUCCCCAUGCUCGACAGACAGAUACCACUUUGAAGACAUGCAAAACCCUGUCAACAGAAAGUGCCAAGAUGAAAAAUAA